AUGAAGGGCCUUGUCGUGCUGGUGGUGAUCGCCGCCCUCACGUUCGCGUCGCUUCCGGCGCGUGUGGAGGGCAAUGGGUGGACGUGCUUUUACUGCACCAUCAUCACCAACACGCUGUUCGAGUACACUCUCACUCACGGCAAUGACAUGGGCCAAGCCCUUGAGCAGGUGUGUUACCUGUUCCCGCAGGAGUACCAGCGCACGUGCGAGGACAUCGUCUUCGUAGCCGGCCCCAUCAUCCUCAACUACUACGUGGCCGGUUCAACUCCCGACGAGGUGUGCAUCAAUGGGUUGCGUAUUUGCGACAAGCCCGAGUGUGUUCUCUUCCCCCGGAACAACGCCUCCUCUUCAGCCUCCGCUCGCGUUAGCCGAGAGGAGGGCGUGAGGGACCAGCUGUUGGCCCUGUUCGACAAGCUCGCCCGCACUCCUCGCCGGUCCGUGCGCGCCGACCCCGUCGUGGACCACCUGCCCCUCGUCGACGAUGACGACGACCGCUUCUCCACGUUUGCGACCCUGCGCGGUACCUCGUGGCGCGGCAAGGAUUGCGACGACCAUGAUCCGAAUGUGUACCCCGGCCGCAAGGCGGCUCCCUCGGGCAAGGAAAGCGCGGACUACAACUGCAACGGCAUCAACGGAGUGGACCCCACGUCGGGCCGGCCAUGGAAGGACCUCCUGUGCGCCAACAGUCAGCAGAUGGGCGCCGUGAUCUUCGGCGACAGCGCGGCCGCCCACUUCAGCAUCAAGCCCGAGUGGCUCGAGGGCCAGUACAUCAACUCCACGACCUACUCCGACCUGGUGGUGACCGGUCACGUGGAGGAUCCGUUCGUCGACUCGCUCUAUCUGCGCCUUCGCAAGCAGAACCUCUGCAACCACCGCGACUACCAGAACGUGGCCGUGAACGGCGCCAAUUCGCUGAAGCUCAAGAGCAUCGUGCCCACUGUGGCGCGAAACGACAGCUUCGAUCAGCCCGUCCUCGCCGUGUACGCCAACAUCGGCAACGACAUCUGCAGCCAGCGCCCCAACCUCGACCACAUGACCUCGGUGGCAGACUUUACGAGCAACGUCAUCAGCACCCUUAAGUACCUCGACUCUGGCGUGCUGCCCGCCGGGAGCCACCUCCUCCUCGUCGGCCUGGUGGAUGGCCGCUUCCUGUGGGACACGCUGCACGCGCGGAUGAACCCCAUCGGCCGCCCCUACGAGGACGUCUACUCGUGGCUGGCCUGUAUCGGCAUUAACCCCUGCUGGCAGUGGCUGAACCCCAAUGCCACCAUCCGCAACGCUGCGUCGACCCGCGCUGCCCAGCUGAGCGACGUGCUGCUGCAGAUCUCGAAGAACAGCACCUUCAAGCACUUCGACACGGCCUACACCCCCUUCCCGCUCGCCCAGAUCGCUCAGCAGUGGGAGCAGCGAGGCGGCCAGGCCGCCGACCUCAUCGAGCCCAUCGACGGCUUCCACCCGAGUCAGAUCGGCCACUACCUCAUCGCUGGCGACGUGUGGAACGGGCUGCUGCAGAGCCGGCCCGACUGGAUUCCGGCGCCCAACCCCAAUAACGCGCGCAUCGCCCAACUCUUCGGUGCCCAGGGCGGCUACUAG